AAAAUUGAAAAAGAAACACAAAAAGGGAAAACGAAAAAUCAAAAUGCGAAAGGAUUGGCUUUUCUCCUCCCUCUUCCUUUGUGUCAAGCAGCCAAGUUGACCAUCAUUCUCAUUUCUCUGCCACCCUCCUUCGUCCCGCCCACCUUCUCCCCUCAUUUUCUCUCUCCUCUUCAUACACCAUUGCAGAACAAAUUUUCCUUCUUCCAGAUCUUUAAUUUCUUCCAUUUUCACCUUCAUUUUUGAGAGAUCUCAUCAUUUAUAGAUCAAUACUCUCAAUUUUAUAAUAAUAAAAAGAUGAUUACGAUUCCAUAUUUGACUGCAUUAACCACCUACUUCAGCUAUGGAUUGUUGUUUGCGUUUGGUCAGUUGCGGGAUUUUUUUCGUAAAAUCUUCGAUUGGUGGACUUCAGGCAGUCUUCAGGGUUAUGCGCCGAUUUGCUUAGGUCUUGAAGAUUUUUAUAUUCGUCGUCUUUAUCUUCGGAUUCAGGACUGCUUUGAGCGGCCAAUCGCAAGUGCUCCUGAUGCCUGGUUUGAUAUGGUGGAGCGGUAUUCCAAUGAUCAUAACAAGACUUUAAAACGAACUGAUAAAGUUAAGCGUUGUCUUAACUUGGGCUCGUACAAUUACCUUGGAUUUGCUGCAGCAGAUGAGUAUUGCACACCUCGUGUGAUUGAAUCACUGAAGCUGUUUUCUGCCAGCACCUGUAGCCCUCGUGUCGAUGGAGGUACUACUAUACUGCACAGUGAACUAGAUGAGUGUGUUGCAAAAUUUGUUGGCAAGCCAGCCGCCUUAGUUUUUGGAAUGGGAUAUGUUACAAAUUCUGCUAUUAUUCCGGUCCUGGUUGGGAAGGGUGGGUUGAUUAUUAGUGAUUCUUUGAAUCACAGCUCCAUUGUCAAUGGCGCUCGUGGAUCAGGGGCUACCAUUAGAGUUUUCCAACAUAACACUCCAUCUCACUUGGAGAAAGUUCUGAGAGAACAAAUUGCUGAGGGUCAACCUAGGACACACAGACCAUGGAAGAAAAUCAUUGUUGUUGUUGAGGGUAUAUAUAGUAUGGAGGGGGAGCUUUGCAAUCUUCCUGAGAUUGUUGCAAUAUGCAAAAAAUACAAGGCGUAUGUGUACUUGGAUGAGGCGCACAGCAUUGGAGCUGUAGGGAAAAGUGGUAGAGGUGUCUGUGAGCUCUUAGGAGUUGAUACCGCUGAUGUCGAUAUCAUGAUGGGAACUUUCACAAAAUCAUUUGGAUCUUGUGGUGGUUAUAUUGCUGGCUCAAAGGAGCUUAUUCAAUAUCUCAAGUAUACAUGUCCUGCUCAUCUUUAUGGGACAUCAAUAUCACCACCAGCAGCACAACAAAUUAUGUCUGCUAUAAAGGUUCUUCUUGGAGAGGAUGGUUCGAGUAGAGGUGCUCAGAAGCUUGCCAGAAUACGCGAAAACAGUAACUUCUUCCGGUCGGAACUGCAGAAGAUGGGUUUUGAGGUCCUUGGAGAUAAUGACUCCCCAGUAAUGCCCAUAAUGCUCUACAAUCCAUCUAAAAUUCCUGCAUUUUCUAGGGAGUGCCUCAGGCAAAAUGUGGCUGUUGUUGUUGUUGGAUUUCCAGCAACACCUCUUUUGUUGGCAAGGGCGCGUAUAUGCAUAUCUGCUUCUCAUACGAGGGAAGACCUUGUUAGAGCUCUUGAGGUCAUCAGCAACGUUGGUGACUUGGUGGGCAUCAAGUACUUCCCUGCCGAGCCAAGGAAGGAGCAUCGAGAAAAUGGCAUGGUGAAGCUGGAUUAGGAUUUUCCAAUUUUGUGGUAGUGAAAAGAUGAGGAGAGGUUAGGUUGAAUGUUAGUGUGCAAAAUAUUAGUAGUAAUUAUUUUAGCGUCUCCAAAAGGGGAGGUAUCGUAUGUGCUGCAUGUUCUGAAAGUUGAGCUUUGAUUAUUUAUUCUUCUUUCUUCCCUUUUUGUCUGUAAUUUCAGUAUUACUGGGUUAGUCGUCUAGCCCGAAUGGGGCUCUUGUUUGGAGGCUUCUUCUGUAAAUAUCGACUGUUGUUUAUCUCAUAAUUACUGUUACGAUAAUUAUAAAAUUGUGCUUCCAUGAGAAAUGGUA